CUCCUCCAUGGAGCGCAGAGGCGCCCACGACGGCGGCAGCCCGGAGCUGGGCCGGGGCAAGCGGCUGAGCGUGGGGGAGCUGCGCUCGCUCUUCGAGGCUCGCUGCGCGACGACCAGCGGGCAGCUGCCCGAGCCGGCCAAGAAGAGCUGCCGGCCCCGCAAUGGGGUGCUACCGCCGGUGAUUCCCCAGCUGACCGUCACUGCCGAGGAGGACGGUCAGGAGGCGCAGCGCAGCCCGUCCGGACUCCGCCGGACAGAACCGGACGGCACCUGGCUGACGACGGAGAGCUCGCUGCACCUGCUGCAGUCGUCGCGGCGCCUCUCCACGUCGUCGCUCUCUUCCACCGGCUCGUCGUCGCUCUUCGAGGACUCCGAGGAUGACCUGCUCAGUGACACGGAAGGCAGGAGCCAGGGCAUCGUCCACCUGGAGCAUGGCGAGGACACGCACCAGAAAAAAGCAUGGCAAACAAUAAAAACUAUUGUCAAUUUGCCAGUCAUCAGUCCCUUCAAGAAGCGCUACUCUUGGGUGCAGCUGGCUGGUCACACGGGGAGUUUCAAGGCAGCUGACGCUGGGACGAUUCUGAAGCGCUACUCUGAGAAUGAGGAGAAAUGCUUUGAGCUGCUGAUGAAAGAUCCGCUGGGCUCCUGCGUCCCUGUCUUCCAUGGCUUGGUAGAAAGAGAUGGCGAGUCCUAUAUGCAACUGGACGACCUGCUAGCUAACUUUGAAGGGCCGUGUGUGAUGGACUGUAAGAUGGGAAUCAGGACGUACUUGGAGGAGGAAUUGACAAAAGCUCGAGAGAAACCGAAGCUACGUAAGGACAUGUAUAAGAAGAUGAUUGAUGUGGACCCUCUGGCGCCCACCACAGAGGAGAACACACAGCGUGCAGUGACCAAACCCCGGUACAUGCAAUGGAGGGAGACCAUCAGCUCCAGCGGCAACUUGGGCUUCAGGAUCGAGGGGAUAAAGAAGGCUGAUGGGACUUGUAACACAAACUUCAAGACAACCAAGACACGGGAGCAAGUUUUCCAGGUUUUUGUGGAAUUCAUCAAAGGAGAUAUGUUUAUAUUGAGAACAUACUUGAGGCGUCUGUAUGAAAUUCGUGGUGUCCUCGAAUCUUCUGACUUCUUUAAGCGGCAUGAGGUAAUUGGAAGUUCACUCCUGUUUGUGCAUGAUGACAGAGGGCAUGCCAAUGUAUGGCUGAUUGAUUUUGGAAAAACGACCCUUCUCCCAGAUGGGCAGAUCUUGGAUCAUAGGAUGGCUUGGCAGGAAGGAAACCGGGAGGAUGGCUACUUACUCGGCCUGGACAAUUUAAUCGAUAUCUUAGAGAGUACCUUGGAGAGAUGAGAGAGGCUGGCUCAAGGUUGCUGAAGGACUGCUCCAUAAGUUGUAACUUUUCCAGAAUCAAUAUCUCAGUCAGAGGGAAGCCUUUUAAAACUCUUGCCAGACUCUGGGGACAUCCAGAAAUAGGUGCCUGCUGCCAAAAGAAAUGAGGACUGAGAGACAGUCUGUGGUGAUCCCCUGGAAAUCUAGGCUUAGCCACGAAUGCUCCAGGCUAACUGCAGUUUAUGGAACAAACAGAAUGAAUCCUGAACAUUUGGACACUGGAUGAGGACAACUGCUUACUGGUCAACCAAGAAAUUCUGGGUUGCCUUUUAGUGACCAUGAGUAAAAGUUGCUUGGAGGAUGUAGGAUGGAAAAGGUCAGCGCUCUCCUCCAAAAGGAGCCAUCUUCAAAAGUAACAGGCAAUCAUCCAUAUUAACCCGAGAUGUUCACAUUCCAUGCAUUCACUUGUGUGCCAUGCAGCUUGGAACUUGGUCUAGAACUUAUAGACUCUCAGCUUUCUUUGUCUUUUCUUUUCCUUUUUUUAAAAAAAUCUAGUUCCCAUGGUAGUGCAAGAAAGAUUGAAAAUGCGCACAAAGUGUUGCUGAAGCUUCAGAAACCAAAGGACUCCUUGGGCUUCUAGGAAGCAAUGCGAGGGCUUUUGUACCCCCUGCCGUUCUUUGCCCCCUCCAUACCCUUCUGUGGCUCCCAGUCUCUCUUCCCCACCAGUCCCUGCUUUCUCUCCCUUCUCCUUCCUUUGCAUUACUUUUUCUACGCUAAUCCUUGCCAAAAUAUUGUGCAACUCACCAGCAUAGAAAAAACAAAACCCCACCUAAAUAUUUGAUGCAAAUUUAGCCUGUAGCGUUGCCCACAAGUAUGUAUAGAUAGGUGUUAAUGAUUUUUAAACUGAUACUCUCAAAUAGCUGCGGACAGGAUUUCAGACCUAAGGAAAUUCAUGCAAAAGACAUGCAUUUGUAUAGUUUUAUGGUGAGCUCAGGAUUUGUUUUGAGAGACUUUCCUUCCCCAUGAUUAUAGAGUCACCUGGUUCGAUUCUACCUGUUAGAGGACCCGUACAACUUAGGGAAGUAAAAGCGAAAAAUGGGAGAUUCUGGGUUGCCUCUAGUGUUGCAUUAGUGCCUCUUUUCCCCCCUAGUAUGCCCUAACCUUCACCUGAGACGGUGCUUAAAGCUCUUCAGGUUUUUAAGUUUUAUUAGCCAAGAGACUCUUCACAUUCCAGGGAGAAAUUGCCUGUGUGCUCUGAGGGUGGCUUAAGCACAAUUUUAGUGAGGGCCCAGAAAUGACCUCUUAAUAGCUGGCAUGCAACUGAAUGUCUGUGGGAUCAUGUUUUCCUGACUCCGUGUAGCAAAUGAAAAAAUCACCAACAAAUGCUGUUGUCACUGAAAUGUUUCACCUCCAGGAAUCGGAAGCCCAGCCUUGCUGCUUGGUGGCAAUAUUGUGCCUCUUCUUGAUUGCUUCCUGCCGCUCUUACUGGAGUAUAUCAGCCAUUUUCUGCAAGCAUUAAAAAAGAACCAGUAUCCCCAUAAAGAGAGAUGCUAAGCACUUCACUUGGGCCAAUUAUUAAAGAUCCGCUCAUAUCGGAUGACUGUGGUAUUGGUUCCGUUCCAGGCAGGUUUUUCUGGGAGAAGAGUGAGAUGGUAAGGGGCAAAGUGCUUGUCGCUUGCUUUUCUCUACUCUGAAACUCUUGCAAUAGCAAAAUGCCCCCUUUAAUAACUAGAAAUUGCCUCCUGAGGAGGAAUACUCAAACCUGAAUGCCCACAGCCAGGGUUCUAACCAUGGAUUUGCACCAGAAACUGAGAGGAUGUGGUACCACUACAGCAACUGGUUAUUUUAGCAGUUAGCCUGAUUUCAGCUAUGAAGAUGAAAGCUUAUGCGACAAGAAAAUGUUGUGGUAAAAAUGCCCUUUUCCUGAAAGAUGAAAUGAGAGGGGCUUCAUAGUCACAGUGACCAAAAAUCAUGGUGGACUGAUCUUGCAGAAUACAUUGUUCUGUGUUCAACAGGCUAGCCAUACGGUGUCAGUAAUCAUAUGAUGCUUAAUGAUGCAUUUGCGAUAUUACUGACGAUGGUCCAGAGCUCCAUAGAUGAAAACACCAUAAGAGGAAGGGAGGAAACCAGUGGCCAUUGUGUGAAAAUUGGGUGAUCAUGGCUACAUCUCCUGCAGCCUUGGCGAUCAGACGAAUUCUGCAUGAUUCAGCCUAUCACAUGUUCAAAAACUGUAGGUACUAGGGAUCCCUACUGUGAUAGCAUUGCAUGGAACAUUCGUGGCCAGAACCACUAAUAUGUCUCUUUCAUCUUCUCAAAUACUUGCUGCUGAAGUGAGUUUUCUUUAGCACCCUACCACCCAAAUAACAUUUGUUCACCUAUUCUCAGGAGACCAACUGAUGGGAGGUGGUAACAGCAUUGGUCUUCCAUUCCUCUGCCAUUGCUUGGUGUCAGUGUCAUCAGACCUUGUCACAAGAGUAGCUGCAGCCACAGCUCCAUCCCUUCUACCUGUUCUGCACUGGCUGCAGAAGGCUCUGCUGAGAUGGGCGAUGGGACCGUGGCUCGCUCUCUCGAUUGUGUGAGGGAAGCGAAAGCUUGGUGAUGCUGCAGGAGGCUGUAACAUGCAAUAGAAAAAGGCUGCUUCAACCGUCCUGGCCCAUGCUUGUUCUUAGGAAGCUUUCACUGAAGCUUUGUAAAUUCUUGACCAAUAAGCUAAAAAUUCAUUAAAACACACAUUCCUCGACGAUUUCAAAUGUUCAUAAUAACUCUUGAGCACAAUGUGGUUGAUGUUUUUUAAAACAAGCUAAGUUCAUAAUUAAUGAUUCAUGGGUCACAGUUUAAGGAAUAUAAGAGAAGUUUUUUUUAAAAAAAAUAUCCAUCUAGCAGUGUUGAUAUAGUGGAAGUACAGUUUUGAAUGAUAAUUAGAAGCAAGAUUGACAAGAGUGAUUUGUAAAACAUCAAUUUGGUGGUUUGAAAACGUAUUUCAUCUUUAUAGUCCUUUUGCAUCUUUAAUGGGAAACUGCUCAUUUAUACAUUGCUGCUGCUUGUCUGUGUUGGGAAGGAGGCUGCGGAAAUGGUCAAAUGUCGUACUGGUAUGGGGAACAAAAGUGUUUUUAAAUGGCUUUUAUGGUCUGCCAGAGAGCUUGCUUUGGAAUAGUGAUUUCCAGAUGGUGGUUUGCAAGGUAUAUCUGAUAGGCAACCUGGUGCCCUCCAGAUGUUUUAGACUACAACUCCCAUCAGACCCAAUUUACAUGGCUAAUGGUCAGGGAUCAUGGGAGUUGUAGUCCAAAAUCUCUGGACAACACCAGCUUGCCCACUUCUAGAAGUUUGAAGUGAGUAAUUUGGAGACAUGUGGGGGGGGGGGAAUCUUGUUGCUCAUCAGCCGUUAUCUGUCACCCUAUCCCAAAGUCUCAAGGGUUACAUUCGUAAAACAAAAUUUAAAAAAUACAGUGUUAUGUUACAGUAGUACUGUAGCUAAUUAAAGUACAGCAAAACAACAUGAAGAAGCCCCAACAAUUUCUCUCUUCCUCUACCCCACCAGACCAAGCUGACAUUUCUGCUGACUCUAUCAUGCUUUGGAGAGGUCUGGCCUUUCAUGCAUGUGGAUGCUCUCCUUCUCUCCUUAAUAUAUAUUAUACAUAUGAUUUCUGGGGCUGGCAACCCCUCUUCCUCUAUCUUUGCCAACUCUGUGGUUUAUUGCGCUUCAGUGCUGCCUUCCACUACCACUUUUGCCACCAUGCUAGCCAGCCAGCUCAAUCUGGAGUUCACAGCUGGUCCACAGCUUCUGGCAAGCUGUUUUUAUUCAAGUCACACUCAACCAGGGCACACUGGUUGACCUGCCCGCCCUCUCACUUGCCUGUGGUCUAGCCUUUCCCUAGUGCUUUGUGGUAGUAGCAGACUCCCAUUCUUCACCCCAGCUGUUCUGAGCAGUGGGAAUACUGGGAAAGUAUCUUCCAUCUGUUGCUGCCGCAAAUGUUUCCUUCAAACUGCUGCUGUUUGGAGCCAUGUAGAGGGUAAAACUGACUCUUUAAAUAAUUCCCUGACCAACAAUCUUGUGAGCUAUUGCUUCCUUUUCUUUUUUAAAUAAUGUGGCAAGUUUUUGUGAGGGGGAAAAAUAGGUGCUAUCGGACAUCACUUGGAACUGGAAGGACAUUCCCCCAAGCCUGAUCUCUCUUUCCUCACCUCCUUAAAAUGCAAAUGGAGACAUGCCUACCUCACAGGGUUGUUGUGAGGAUCUAUAAGUUGUUUUUAUGCUUUUACUUAGAUUCAUGGAAGAAAAGUGCAAUACAGAGAAUUGCAAAGAAUUUGUGUAGUUAUGAAAUUGUGGGUUUCAUAAUCCAUUAGAGGAUAUAAAAUUGUGGAAACUUCGGGUCAGAAAGGGCAGGUGUAUCUUUUGUAUUCCAUGAGAAAAAUCCACUAAAGGACUGAUCCUCUCUUUGUGUUGAGUUCUACAAAUAGACUUCAGUGAUGGGAAAUGGUGUUUUCAGAUGGUUAAGUGUUCAGCCCUAUGCAUGUUUAGACAGAAAAAAAGUCCAACAACACACAGCAUUCCCCUAGCCUGGCUGGGGGAAUGCUGUGAGUUGUUGGGCUUCUUUUCUGUCUAAACAUGCACAAGGCUGUGCCCUAAGCUGACUUUGGUUACAACUCUACUUUUGUUACUACAAACCAGACAAAAAAGCUUGUCUCUAUAGAGGAUGUUGCUACAAACACUACAGUGCAAACAAUAUACUUAUUCUGCCAUCCUAACUGUAUAGAUUGAGAACUUUAGUACUUCCAAGAUGUGCUAUAACAAAUAAAUUUAACUGAAAACAUG